AUGUUCGUUCAUUAUUUUGUCCCUUUUUUUCUAUUAUUAACUAUUAAUCUAAAUGUGUACGCUUUGAAAUCGUAUUCACAAUAUCAAUUAUGGCGUUUAUAUGUUACAAAUAAUGAGCAAGGUGCUAAAUUACUUCGUUUUAGUCAUACAGCAUAUCAACAGAAUAUUAGCUUUUGGUCUGAAAACUUUCAUGAAAAUAUUCCGAUUCAUGUUAGUAUAGCACCUGAAUCUAUCAAUAGUUUUGCUAAUUUUUUAUCAUCAAAUGGUAUGACAAUAAAAUAUGAUGUUAUGAUGACAGAUAUUGGUGCUGUUAUUCAAGAACAAACAUUAAUUAAUCAAUUACAACCAUUAUCUGUAAUUGCUGAUAAUUUUGCAUAUGAUAAAUAUCAUCCAAUUGAAGAAAUUCUCGCAUGGAUUGAUCAAAUGGUUCAAACAUAUCCAACAUUAGCUACAUCGUUUACAGUUGGAAAAUCAUAUGAAAACCGUGAGAUGAAGGGUUUAAAAAUAUCAUCGAAUAAAACAGCAGUUAAGCUGAAUGGUACUCCAGUAAAUUAUAAAAAAGCCGUUUGGUUGGAUGGAGGUAUUCACGCUCGAGAAUGGAUUAGUUCAGCAACGACUAUUUAUAUUGCUUAUGCUCUUUUAUCAAAUUAUAGUAUAGAUCCAAUAAUUACGCAUUUCGUAGAUCAAUUUGAUUAUUAUUUUUUACCUGUCUUUAAUGUAGACGGUUAUGUAUACACAUGGACAAAUGAUCGAUUAUGGCGUAAAACUCGAAGUAAUACAUCAGUCUCUAAUUGUUUUGGUGCUGAUGCAAAUCGUAAUUGGGAUUAUCACUGGUGUGAAAGUAAAUAUUUUUAUUUAUUUAUUAUUCAUUCUGUAAUUUAUUCGUAUGAUAUUUCUGUAGGUGGUGCCUCACAUGAUCCAUGUAGUGAUAUUUUUUGUGGUAGUAAACCAUUUUCAGAAAUCGAAACAGCACAAGUAGCACAGUUUCUUAGUAAUUAUAAUAGUACAAUUGUACAUUAUAUGAAUUUUCAUUCCUUUGGACAAUAUUGGAUGUCACCAUGGGGUUAUACAAGACAAAAGCCAGUACAAUUUAAAUUACAAGAUGAUGGAUCAGCCCAAGCUGUUCAAGCACUCGGUGCUGUUUUUGGUACUAAAUAUGUUCAUGGUACCGUUGCUACAACUAUUUAUGUUGCAUCAGGCGGCACAAUCGAUUGGACUUUUGGUAAAACUAAUAUAAUAUUUAGCUAUGCUGUAGAACUUCGUGAUACUGGAAACUAUGGAUUUUUGUUACCGGAAGAUCAAAUUGUUCCAACUGGAAAAGAAACAUUAGCUGGUGAAUUAGCUUUAUUGAAAUAUAUUCAAGGAAAAGUUUAUGGUUAA